UGUAAAGUCUAUGGUAACAGCUGAUCGAGUAUUGUUUUGCAUUCAAGAAAAAAACCACGUGAAUUUAUCAAAUUUUACAAUGAAUCAAAGUCAAGUAUUUACGAUUUUAUUGCGUAGAAUGUUUAGCAAGAAAUACGAUAAACCACUCGCUGCAGUUCGUACGAAAAUGAAACUAAUGAAACAGGAUCAACAGGAUAUUGAAGAUAUUGAUAUUGAAGAUUUAGGUGAAUUCGAGGCAGAUUUUAUGAAUGUCGGCGAAAGUCAUAAAAUGCAUGAAAGGGAAAUGCAGAAAAACAAAGAACGACUUAAACAACAGAUUGUUUAUCAGAAGUAUUUUAAAGAAGAAGAUCCACGUUUUCUUACAUUUGCAGAGAAGGAACUGAUUCAUAAAUUACAUGAAUCCAAUCCUGAAGAAUGGACAGUAGAGAGGCUUAGUGAGAGUUUCCCUGUUUUACCAGAGUCAGUAUCAAAGAUUUUGUCUGUUAAAUGGUCGCCAAAAUUAGUGGAAAGUGUUUUACAAUAUGAUAAUACAGUUGUGGAAAAUUGGAAAAAAUUUCGUGCUGGAAAACUUCCAGUAAGUCCCAGACUCAGUGAACACCUGAUGAAAUUUAAGAACAGGAAGAUUAUCUUGACGGACAGAGAAUCAUUGGCAAAACAAUUUGUUCCACCUAAACCAAAAUUUAAAAAACCAAAGAGUCAAUUGUUUUCUAAUAUUAUACAGUCGUACCUAAAUGAAAAAUCAGAUAAUAAAAAAUUAUUAUCACAAGAGGAUAAUUCACACAAAAUAGAAGACGCGUUUGCUCACUCUAAUAAAAGUCAGAAUUUAUUGAUAACAGAUAACAAGACUGAUAAGAAUAAUUCUGUUGCUAUUAAAAAUUCAGAGGAAUUCACAUUUAAUAAGAGACAGUCUCUUGCAUUAAACUCACAUACAGAUUUAGAGAAACAUGAUAUACCGUCAUUUGAUAAGAAAAAGGAAAGAGAGAAGUUAUUUACAUUCAAAGAAUUUGUAAAAGUGAAACUAGAAGAUAUACAAAAGGAAUCUCCAGAAGAAGGUAUCACAUUAUUAAAUCUGUACAGGAAACAGAUGGAUGUUAGUCAGGAGAUGCAAGCUGCAUCUAAUAAUACAAUAAUUAGCAUGGAAAAGAAUACAGAAAUUGUACAAAAAUCUAACAAAAGCGUUUCUAAAAUUUCUGAAAAGGAAGAUAAUCGUUUUAAUAUUGUUGAGGUAGAUGAAGACUUGGUAGGCACAAGUAUUAAAAUCUGGAAUAAAAAGAGUGAUACUGAAUGUAACUAUGCUAAGCCAAUAAAGAUCACAAAGAAUCUUUAUAAGCCUGGCAUGACUUAUCGAAUCAACGAUUGUUAUUAUGAUGCUGAUGGUGAAUUUUUAUAUCGGGUUCCGGGUGUACAAACCUAAUUGUACAAU